CCGUUGAGUCAUCGCUCGUGCUGGUUUUCUCAAAAAAAGAUCCAAGACGGGCCUCAUUCAUUCUGGACUUCUGGACACCACAAAUCUCGUAUCUCUUCUCAUAGAAACAUUGCCAUGAGGGUUGCUGUUGUAGCGAUUACCUUGCUCUCUGCCAUUGGCAACACAGUGGCCACUGAUGAACGUGACCUUCAAGUUGUAGCUUGCGCCCCCGAAGGUGACCCUGUCAAAUGUGGCUUGGGUGCAGAGGAAUUUGACAACAUGUGUUUGGCGAAUGCUGGUGGGUACACUCCUUCUCGCUGCUACCCUGCCGCAUGUACCGAUCCAAACCCAAAUAUUGCAUGUGCUACGGAGAGCAAUCCUGUGACUUGCGGUGACUUGCCUUGUCAGUAUGACAGCUAUUGCCAAGCUGAGGCUGCUGGCUUUCCUCCCACCGCCUGCUAUGCGGCCAACUGUCCUGCCCCAUCUGACAGUGUGGCGUGUACCUUGGAGUUCGACCCAUAUAUCUGCCUCGUGGACGGAACGGGCCUUUGUCAAUAUUCCAAUGGAUGUCUUGCCACAGCAUCGGGUCAAGAUCUAGAAUCUGGAGAUUGUGUCCGGCAAGUCAAUAUCCCGGGAAACAACGUCAAUGCUUGUCCCACAUUCCCUGGCAGCAUCACAUGUGACUUUGACUUUAAUCCAAUCCGCUGUCUAGACGAAUGUUACUACACCAACUAUUGUGAAGCCGAUGCAGCUGUGACAACUUCAGGACACGACAUCAGGGAUCCCGCUGUUUGUCAGUCGGUCAGCUGCGAUUUGCCCGACCCUGACACGGUCUGCACUACCGAUGAGAACCCUGUCGUUUGCUACCCCUUGGGGUGCUAUUAUUCCAACAUGUGUCUUGCUGUGGCAGCGGGCCAAGACGAACUUAGUUGUAUCGGUGCCAACUGUCCUCAACCACCUGCCACUUCUAUGUGCACUCGAGAAUAUGAUCCUCAAGAUUGCGACAAUGGAUGUUCCUACGAUAAUUCAUGCAUUGCCAACGCGGCUGGAGCCACUGGAUGUGUGUCCCGGAAUGAUCCUACACCCCCAGCAAGUUGUCCGGCACCCGACUCCGGGACUGUGUGUACCACUGAGGUCAAUGAGGUCCUAUGCGACUCUGGCGACGGUGUGGACUGCUUUUAUACCAAUCCUUGUUUGGCACAAGCAGUUGGUUUCAAUAACCUUCAGUGUCGGAGCGCCAACUGUCCUGUCUCAGAUGCCACAGCUGAUACAUGCAGUGACUUUGAGGUGGAAGAGGUCUUGUGUGGUCCAUACCUAUGCCCUUAUCUGUCCUUGUGUUUUGCCAAUCGGGCUGGAUGGGUUUCCGCUGAGUGUACUCCCGCUUCUUGUCCUGCUUCUGAUCCCAAUGUAAUCUGCACACUGGAAUAUCAACCACACAUUUGCUUUGAUGAAUCUGUGUAUGCGUCAGCAUCGUGUGUCUAUUCCAAUGCUUGUCUUGCGGAAGCUGCUGGAUACAAUCCCAGUCCAUACGCCGGUUUUUGCGUUGAACCCCUGGUGGCAACCGUCAGUCGAUCCACAACCUUUGAGCCAAUUCCGGAUGGCGCCACUGCGACGGAUGCCAGCAAUGAAACAGAGACGCUUGGAUUGGGCGAAAGUGACCCAGUGACCAAUGCAACAGAACCCGCUGGUGAUGCUCCUGCCACUGAUGCUCCUGCGGGCGACAGCGCCCCCGCACCUGCUCCUGAUUCAGGUGCUGCAGUUCGGUUGGCUGCAAAAAUGGGCAUGCUGUUUGCUUUUGUGGCCUACUAUCCCAUGGUCUGAGAAGACAAGAAGUGUGAUUAUUGAUUCGAUUCGUUUGUUUGUGAAUUUGAUGAAUUUGGGAGUGUUUAACUUGAGAAUACUAAAUUGGAGACUACUAUACAUUUAGGCAACUGAUUUUUGUGUGCUGAUGAUGGGUGGGAA